UUUCGCUUCCUGAGGAGCCAUGAAUAACAAGAGCAGUUCUCCGUCUACGGCGCUGAUGCCGGAUAUAUAUUUCUCAACCGCCGCAACUGGAGCAAUCGGAACCUUGAACUGCGCUUGAGAGUUGACCUGGAGCAUGGAGUGUCUCUCCUCACUGGGAUGGGACUGUGUGUUCUCCCUCUUUCCCUCCCUGCUGCUGCUCGUGGCCUCCCUGGUGCUGCGUAGGCCCAGGGUGCAGCGCUGGGCCGGGCUGGGGGUGAGGGCAGCAGCCUGGGGGUGCUGGGUGGCUCUGUGCUGGCUCCUGGAGCUCCCACUGCCCCGGGCUGAGGAACACGGCCCCGAGGACGGCUUUGGACCGGCCCUGGACCACACCUCCGGAGCCAGCCUGGCCUGCAAGCCCACGGCGCUAGCCCGCUUCCUGCUCCAGCACUGCGGUUCCCUGGCCCGGCCCAGACUGGCGCGCUGGCCCAGGGGAGACCCUCACCUCCAGAGCCUCUCCAGCCUGCUGUGGGGGGGUCUUGGGGGGGGGUACUGCGGGGAGGGGCUGACGUUCACCAGGGACCACCUCCUGCUGAAGGACGGGGGGGUCCUGGGUCUGGACUGGGCCGUCAGGGUGAAGGGGGGCGAAAGGGGGGACCGGAGGGAGGGAGGGGAGGGCAGGAGGGAGCACCAUCCGGGUGCCAGGGCGCUGGGCUGCCACACCUCCACCCCUCCCAUCCUCCUCCUCGUGCCUCACUUCUGGGGGGGCAUGACCCCCCACCUGAGGGGGCUGUGCGCGGCGGCGCUGCGGCAGGGCUUCUACGCCGUGGUGUUCCACCGGCGCGGCACGGCCGGGUGCCCGCUCGCCACGCCGCGGCUGACGGAGUUCGGGGACCCGGCGGACCUCGUGCAGGCGGUGGCGUACGUGCGCAGCCGGCACCCGUCCUCCGUCCUGCUGGCAGUGAGCGAGGGCUCGGGGUCGGGCCUGCUGCUGUCCUACCUGGGGGAGUGCGGCUCCAGCUCCCACCUGACGGCCGCCGCCUGUGUCUCCCCCGUCCUGCAGGCCCAGCUGUGGAUGGACACGGCCCUGCCGGCCCUCUACCACCAGGGGGCGCUGGUUCACCGCAAGCUGCAGCUCAGCAGGUAUGAGAGCUCCCUGAGGCCCGUGCUGAACGUGGACGGGGCUCUCCGCAGCUCCUCCCUCCGGGACUUUGAAGAGGCCUUGUUCUGCUCCUCCUCCUCCUCCGCCUCCACCCCCGACGCCUUGCCACGUCCCCCCAGCCCGGGGGCCAAGCCCGGGGCCGGAGGAGCGGGGCUUCCCCCCUCCGUGGCCUGGGCCCUGGGGGAGAGGGCCCGUCCGGCCAGGGACCUGGACGCGUACUGGGAGCGCAACGAGCCCCUCAGGGACGCGGACGAGGUGGCCGUCCCCGUCCUCUGCCUCUGCAGCCGCGACGACCCGCUCCUCCUCCCCGCCUCCACCCUCCCCCUCCCCCUCUUCCAGAACAACCCUUACUUCCUGUUGGCCGUGACCGACCGGGGCGGGCACUGCGGGUUCCGACUGGAGCGCGGGGGGGGGGAGGAGGGGGGCGGCGGCGGGAGGAGGGAGCGAGGGAGGCGGGGGAAGGAGGAGGAGGAGGAGGGGGGGGAGAGCUGGAGUCACGGGGCGGUGCUGGAGUACUUCAGGGUGGUGGCCGAGUUCCUGAAGGUGGAGGAGGGGAAGGGGUGGGGGCCCGCGGGGGGGGGGCGCGGCGCCGCGCCACCCCCUCGUAGGAGGGCCACCAUGACGAGGAGGCCACGCCCCCAAACCCAGGGCCACGCCUCCCAGGGAGGUCGGGGAGAAGGGGAGGGGCUUUUCACGUGGCAGAGGUCCUAUACCCGUUGAUAGAGAGAAGGUGCAAGAUUAAAAGUACAAUAAUCUGAUGCUAUGUCAGCAUUCCUUGCAAUGUCCAUGUUUUCUCUCACCUUCUCUUUUACUUUCACUAAACCAGAUCCAGCCGCUCUUCAGAGCCGGAGAAGAAGGUUCCUAUUUCAAGAGUUAUUGAGUGCCUUUCAGGGAGGAACUAGUUGAUUAACACCAGAAGCAGAACGCGAUGCCCCAGCCCUCAGCAGGGCCUUUCCAGGAACAAACGGAUGCCACACACACAUACACGGUAGCAUCAGCCCAGUGUGCGUUUGUGCUCCACAGGUGACAAACACCAUCCUGCAACAACAAUUACCGUCCCCCAGGAACAACACCAGAUCUUUGUAACAUGAUCGAUGGUGACACUUUCUCCUGUCAGAUGGCUAGUUUGAGCGUGGACUUGUGCUAAUAAAGUUUCAUAAGUGAC